AUGAUUACCUUCCGGGUGUCGAGUAGUGUGUACGCUUACGUGGCGUACCUGGUGCUGAUGGUAUACUUCCUGUGGCCGGGACGGUUCGCCAGCGUGUACGAUUACAUCGAGGGAGAAAACAUCUACGAUCAGCUGAUACGCAAGACGACGAAAAACAUCUCCCAGAUGCGCAACGGUCUCCGGUGUGACUACAGUGAAGUUAUCGAGGAAAAUCUGUCCCUCUUCCGGCCCCCGUUCACGGAAGAGAUCAUCAACAACAAUGUGCGGCUCGGGGGCGAGUACUACCCGGAAGAGUGUUUGCCGAGCUUCAGUACGGCCAUCAUCAUACCGUACCGGCAGCGCGAGCGGCAACUCAACCAGUUCCUCAUCUAUAUGCACAACUAUCUGCGCCGGCAGCGGAUCCACUACCGGAUUUUCGUGAUCGAACAGUACGACCCGAAACCGUUCAAUCGGGCGAAGCUUUUCAACAUCGGAGCACUGAUUGCGAUGAGCCUCGACUAUCCCUGCCUGGUGCUGCACGAUGUCGACCUGAUGCCGAUGAAUCUGGGCCAUCUGUACGCGUGUUCGCGAAAACCGCGCCACAUGUGCUCGAGUUUGGACGUGUUCCGAUACAAUCUGCCGUAUCGCGGGCUAUUCGGUGGAGCGGUUGCGAUCGAGUCGAGCGUGUUCCUCAACAUUAACGGCAUGUCGAACAUGUUUAGCGGUUGGGGCGGCGAAGAUGACGAUCUGUACGCCCGGUUGCAUAACAAACAGAUCGAAAUUUGUCGCUUCAGCCCGGCCUACAGCCAGUACACGAUGCUGAAGCACCGGAAGGAGGCGCCGAACAAGGAUCGGCAUGCGUUCCUCAAAAACGGCAAGCUGCGCUUCCACACCGACGGCCUAAAUUCGCUGGUCUACAAGCAGGUUGGCCUGAAACUGCACAACCUCUUCACGCACGUCCUGGUGGAGACCUAG